CGCGAUCACCGGGAUUUUGGAUUGAGAUACACCUAGUGCGCACGCGUGCGAGAAUCUACGAGAGAUUAUUUGAGAUCAACGAUUUUUUUGCACAUCAAAACUCGCACCGCUUACGAGAUUGUGACAAGAUCCAUUCGUGUAAUUUUGCUCAUCCAGGGAAGACGAAGAUGCCGGAGAACGUGCUAAACGGCGAUCAUAUUGAUGUGAAAGGUGCCAACUGCGAAUCCCAGGACAAUGAUGAGGAGAACACUGAAAAUGAUGUGCAUUUUGAACCUAUAGUUACUUUACCUUUAAUAGAAGUGUCCAACAAUGAGGAAGAUGAGACAGAGAUGUUAAAACUGCGAGCAAAAUUAUAUCGUUACGAUACAUCAAAUAUUCCAGCGGAAUGGAAGGAGCGUGGUACAGGAGAAGUCAAAUUGCUGAGACACAAAACAAAAAACACAGUUAGAGUAGUGAUGCGCAGAGACAAAACUCUUAAGAUCUGCGCUAAUCAUUUUGUGACUCCGUGGAUGGAACUGAAACCAAAUUGUGGCAGCGAUAGGGCAUGGGUCUGGAGUGUACUUGCAGAUUUUGCAGACGAACAACUCAAGCCGGAAUUGCUGGCAAUACGUUUUGCAAAUGUUGAAAAUGCUUCUAUGUGGAAGGAAGCAUUUGAAAAGGCUAAAAAGAUUGUGGGAUCUGAAUGUGAGAUUUAUGCCGGCAAAAACAAUCCGGAACAAAAGCUCAGUGAAAGCGACAGUGAAUCCAGCGAUGUAAGUUAUGAUGAAAGUACUGAUAAUGAGGAUCAGACAAAGUUGUCUAAACAGACUGAAGAAUCUGACGCGAUUUCUCAGCAGAGAGAAGUCGAAAAAGUAUCAACAACGUUGGCAGAAAAGAAAGAUGUGACAACAAAUGAGGAGAAAAUAAUCAACGAAAUCACAAAGUUAAAAGUGAAAGAUGAAGGUGAGACAAAGUAAUUUUAUGUAUAUAUAUAUAUAUAUAUAUAUAUACAUCUGAAGACAUGAAUAACGCGGAGUUUUAUUAUCAAAUGUCACAUUCCGUUUUUAUAUGCACACACAGAGGUGCAUAUCACAUGCCAUUAACGUUUCAUUACCUGAUAAUUAAUAAAUACGUAGACAUUUUUAGCAAUAACGUUAUAGAAAAGCUAAAUAAAUUUUCAAGUUGUGGGAUAAAGCUGUAUUUAUACGAAUGUUACAUAUAUUAUCUGUGAUUUUUUUAAACUGAGUGUAAAUUAAUACAAAAUUGCAUUUGUACCGGAAAGUGUGUAUGUGAGAGAACGUGUGUUGUGAACGAACCGAAAAUAAAUACAACGACAAAUGUAUGAACAGAAAA